UCGGCGGGGAUCGCGGCGGAGGCGGCGGCGGCGGCGGCCGAGCGGGGCUCCAUGUUUUCCCCCGGCCAGGAGGAGCCCAGCGCCCCCAAUAAGGAGCCUGUGAAAUACGGGGAGCUGGUAGUUCUGGGGUACAAUGGUGCUUUACCUAAUGGAGACAGAGGACGGAGGAAAAGCAGAUUUGCCCUCUAUAAGCGGCCCAAGGCUAGUGGCGUCAAACCCAGCACUGUCCAUGUAAUCUCCACACCCCAGGCAUCCAAGGCCAUCAGCUCUAAAGGUCAACACAGCAUAUCCUACACUUUGUCAAGGAAUCAGACGGUGGUAGUGGAAUACACCCAUGAUAAAGAUACGGAUAUGUUUCAGGUGGGCAGAUCCACAGAGAGCCCCAUCGACUUUGUCGUCACAGACACCAUUUCUGGCAGUCAAAACAAUGAUGAAGCCCAGAUCACACAAAGCACCAUAUCUCGGUUUGCCUGCAGGAUUGUGUGUGACAGAAAUGAACCAUACACAGCACGGAUAUUUGCAGCUGGAUUUGACUCUUCCAAAAACAUAUUUCUUGGAGAAAAGGCAGCGAAGUGGACAAACCCUGAUGGCCACAUGGAUGGUCUCACGACCAACGGCGUGCUGGUGAUGCACCCCCGGGGGGGCUUCACCGAGGAGUCCCAGCCCGGGGUCUGGCGAGAGAUCUCUGUCUGUGGAGACGUGUACACCUUACGUGAAACCAGGUCGGCCCAGCAGCGGGGAAAGCUGGUGGAAAGUGAGACCAAUGUCCUGCAGGAUGGCUCCCUCAUUGACCUGUGUGGGGCCACUCUUCUUUGGAGAACAGCUGAUGGCCUUUUUCACACUCCCACCCAGAAACACAUCGAAGCCCUCAGGCAGGAGAUCAAUGCCGCUCGGCCCCAGUGUCCUGUGGGGCUCAACACCCUGGUCUUCCCCAGCAUCAACAGGAAAGAGGUAGUAGAGGAGAAGCAGCCUUGGGCGUAUCUCAGCUGCGGCCACGUGCACGGCUACCACAACUGGGGCCAUCGGAGCGACACCGAGGCCAACGAGAGGGAGUGUCCGAUGUGCCGGACUGUGGGCCCCUAUGUUCCCCUCUGGCUCGGCUGCGAGGCGGGAUUUUACGUAGAUGCGGGACCGCCCACGCACGCCUUCACCCCCUGUGGACAUGUGUGCUCAGAAAAGUCCGCAAAAUACUGGUCUCAGAUCCCGCUGCCCCACGGAACUCACGCAUUUCACGCUGCCUGCCCCUUCUGUGCCACACAGUUAGUGGGAGAGCAGAACUGCAUCAAACUGAUUUUCCAAGGCCCCAUUGACUGACACUCUGACAGCCACUGACUUUUUUUUGGGGGGGGAAAGACUAUUCAUAUAUUGUUGUGGGUUUUUUUUUUUAACUUCAGUGGAACUUACUUAAUACACCCAUUCAUCAAAUACUUGGCAUUUCGAACAAAGAAUUUUCCAUAACUCCUUAGUCUGCUCUUUGUUAUUUCUGCUUAAUGUGGUUUGUCCCUGAUCCUCAUCUUACAUGCCGAACUCUUUCACUGAUUAAAAUAUAGUAGCUCUUAAAAAUUCAUGAACUGAGGAUGGCUAUUAGAGCAGUAGGCAUGGCCUAGGUACUACAGUACUGCAUUUCUCUGUAUACUGAAUUAUUUAAGAGUUAAGGGUGAUUAGAAACACGCUUUUACUUUUUAAAACCACUUGUGGGGGUUUCAUAAGGAUUUUGAUUUGGUUUUUUUUUUUUUCCUUAAGAAAGCCAGAAUUCUGUGAGCCACUCUGAAGUAGUCACUUUUGUUCACUCACUCUCUGCCAUUUGUCACCUUCCCCUGUAGCUUAAGGAGCCCUCUAAGUUUGGAAAAUGUUUGCAAAUCAAACUAAAUUUAAAUGUGAUCAUUAGAUAUAUACAACAGCAAGUGGUACAUCCGCAGAGAUAAUGAGAAAUUCCUGAUUUUGAGAGCACAAAUGAGUGUUUACUAAGGAAUAAUUAAAUCAGAAUUUCAUAUGAGCUCUGCCAUCCCUCUCUGUUUAGUUUCAUUUCAUUUUGGUUAAUAAUUCGUGGAUUCACAUUCUCUGAACCCAGUACCAGUAGUAAUGCUGCUCCCAGACAUGCAGAGAAACUGGCUGAGUUGAAGUUGAUCUCUUCACAUGGAGCAGGUACUCAUUUGUUCAUUUAAACUAACACCCUCUUAAAUUCACCGUCACAGAUUUGAACUACAUGUUUAACCUUUGUAAAUACGUGUGUAAUUUAUAUGAUUCUAAUAUACUCUAUCCAUACUUGAAUUGAUUUUUCCAUAUUUUG